GGCUUUCUUUCUCACUGCGAAAAAUAUGACACAGUUUUUCUUGGUUGCCAAACAUUAAUUUUUCUUUCCUUAAUAAAUAAAACUCAAAAUUUCCAAUCCAGUUUCGUAAAAGUAAACAAUCCAAAAUCAAUUUCACCAGUAAGUAACUAGCAUGUUAGCGCAGUGAGGAUUUGUUACACCAGGCAUUACAAAUUGUUCAUUUUUUUCACCAUAGCCAUAUCCAAAUCCUCAUAAAGGAGCCAAAAAAAUCCAAAAUAGUGAUUUUUUGAGCUGACCCAUUAAUACCCAGUUUUGGAAGUUCUCAGGAAAGUCUUGGUUGCUGAGAAUUAUUGUUUUAAUUCACUUUGUAAAUACCGGCUCUCUGAAUAAUAAACACUUUAAGCAGGUAUUGCUCGCGAGCUCGCUCAACCUCGGAAAUCAACAAAUGGGUCGCUCUCGUGGAAACUUUCACUCCGCUGAUGAUGACCCUACCCAAAGAUCAAGAAGAAAGAAGAAUGCAUCCAGUGGAGAAAAUUUGGAAUCUUCCGGUGCAGGUCAAGGAUCAAUUGAUGGGAAAAGGGCUUUAUACCACUGCAAUUAUUGCAACAAAGACAUUACAGGGAAGAUCCGAAUCAAGUGCUGUGUGUGCCCUGAUUUUGACCUAUGCAUAGAAUGUUUUUCUGUUGGAGCUGAGGUGACGCCCCAUAAAAACAAUCACCCUUACAGGGUUAUGGAUAAUUUAUCUUUUCCUCUCAUCUGCCCUGACUGGAAUGCCGAUGAUGAGAUACUGCUUUUGGAGGGGAUUGAAAUGUAUGGCUUGGGAAACUGGACUGAAGUUGCUGAGCAUGUGGGAACGAAGACUAAAGAACAAUGUAUAGAACACUAUACAACUGUUUAUAAGAACUCCCCCUUGUUUCCUCUUCCGGACUUGUCUCAUGUUGUUGGAAAAAAUAGAAAGGAGCUUCUUGCUAUGGCUAAAGGGCACAGUGAGGAUAGGAAAGACUGGAAAAUAGGAGCCUAUGCUUUUGCCAUUUUGAUCAUCUUCAACCACACUUUGUAUGUAAAUGUGACUCAUGAUAUUAUGAUAACUGUGACAAAAAAUGGAUUUCCUACCCUUGGGGAGCUCAAUUUGAAGGAAGAAUCCCCAUUUUCUCCUUCAAGGAUCAAAGUUGAAGAUCAGCACAAAGGUGGACCCUCAAGCCGUUUACUUUCUAGCUUAAAUACUGAUGCAGAACCUGGUGUUCGUUCAGGUGGUACAAAGUCAGCAGCAAAAGCUGCUAACAAGAAGCCAUCCAAGAUGGCCCAGGUUAAAGAUGGUCCAAGUAUUGUUAAAGUAGAAGAUGCUCAAGCGGACAGGGGCUAUAAGGGGAAGAAACCUAAUAUGGGGAAUGACGGUCCUUUAGUUGAGUUGAGUGGAUAUAACCCCAAAAGACAGGAGUUUGAUCCUGAAUAUGAUAAUGAUGCCGAGCAGUUAUUAGCUGAAAUGGAAUUCAAGGAUGCUGACACUGAUGAAGAGCGUGAACUGAAGUUGAGAGUGCUGCGGAUCUAUUCAAAGAGGCUAGAUGAGAGGAAGCGACGAAAGGAUUUUAUUCUAGAAAGAAAUUUGUUACAUCCAAAUCCUUUUGAGAAAGAUUUAUCGCCUGAAGAGAGGGCAAUAUGUCGGCGCUAUGAUGUCUUCAUGCGUUUCCAUUCAAAGGAAGAGCAUCAAGAAUUACUUGAGACCAUUAUUUCAGAGCAUCGGACUCAAAAAAGAAUUCAAGAACUUAAGGAAGCUCAAGCUGCUGGUUGUCGUACAUCAGCUGAGGCAGAUAGAUAUCUUGAGCACAAAAGGAAAAGGGAAGCUGAAGAAAGUGCCCGUAGAGCUAAGGAAAAUGCUCAGGUUGGUCCAAGCAGUCAAGGAGUUCCAAACAUGUUUAUGGCCUCCGAGUCCAUUGGCAAGGAUUCAAAUUCUAGACCAGCUGGACAUGCAGCUUCAAGCUCUGUUAAUGAUAUGGAUAUAAUGGGAUUAAAUGGCGCUGAUCUUUUGUCUGAAGCUGAAAAGCGGUUAUGCAGUGAGGUCAGGUUACAACCAACUGUUUAUCUUAAGAUGCAAGAGGUUAUGACAAUAGAAUUCUGCAGCGGCAAUGUCAGUAAAAAAUCCGAUGCCUAUAACUUGUUUAAGAUUGAACCAAGUAAAAUUGACAGGGUUUAUGACAUGCUCGUGAAAAAGGGGAUUGUUCAUCCAUGAGUCCGUUUCCAUACUUUUUAUGUUCUUCAUCUUUGUUGUAGUUGUACAUUAUUAUCAUUUGUAUUUAUUUUAUUUCAAAGAAAAAAAAAAAAAAAAAGGGGCUGUUUCUGCCCUUUCUAUUUUAGGAAAUAUGAUUUUUCGUGUACCUCCACUUAUCCGACUGUCCCCAUGUAUAUAUAGAGUUGUCAUCCUAUCAUGUUCUUAAUGGUAACUCUUCGAUCGUUUUAAAUA